UCUUUUUAGUUGGAUAACAAAAAUUUUUAUGAAAAAGUGUAACGAAUAUGCAGUUAAUCCCAAUAUGAAUAUUGAUUAUUUGAACAAAAUGUUUAUAAGAAAUAGUACAAAAUUAUUUUGGCACUUUUCACCUGGUUAUGUUUGAGGAAACAAGAUUCACCCAAUAUAUAAUUAAAUUUAUAAAGAAAUGUAAAAAACAAACCCUGUAUAUAUGUUGUUAAAAAUUUAUACUAUAUUCAAUUAUUAUUAAAUAUUUGUCAGUUUCUAUCUUAACAAUUUAUAAAUUCUUUGGUUUUUAUGCAGAUGAGAUUAUAAAAAAAAUAGUCUAUAUCGUAGACCAGACAAAUAAAAAUACUUUAAAGCUCCAAAAGUUAUAGAAGUUCAUAUUAUUUCGAUACUUUUGUGAAUAAAAGCUUGGUUCAUAAAAGAUAGUUUAUAAAUUAGCAGCAAAUCAAUUUUAGCCAUACUUAAUUUAUUAUAAGAACUUUUUUUAUAGGUUUUGUUUUUGUUCUUUAUCUGAAUUAUUUUAUCGAUAUCCAUAAAAUAGUUUUAAAAAUAAAGGGCCAAAGUUUAGUUUGUUUGUUGUUGAAAAAGUUGUUAAUCUAUAAAAAUAUUUCUUCAUCUUAUUAAAAUAUUAAUUUUCGCGCGUAAUUUCACUAAAUGUCAUACUAUAUAAUCAAUUAUGGCGUCUGUUGAUCACUAAACGAAUAUUCAUAACCCAUCUGCCUGCCUAUAGCUUGCAUCUUAUUUUAACAUACGUGUAUUAAAUAUUUCACCCUGUUUAUACAUUACAAGUAUUGUACGAAAUCCCGCUAUCUGAUUGGAGUAAUCAUUUUGCUUUAUCAAUAAAAAUCGUUUAACUAAAAUCGAUUCGUGAAAACGUGCCUUUAGAUAUGUGUGACUGUUAAUUAAUGGCGACUGAGGAAGUGACAGCAGAUAUCCGUCAGUUGAAAGUGUUGUGAAUCUUUUCUAAAUUUAAAAGUAAAUUACAAUUAAAUUUUUAUUCUGUGAUGGAAUUAAGUGCAAUGUAAUUAAUAGUGAGCGAUAAUUCGUUAAUUUUGAGUUCUUUAAUAUGUUUUAAAUUCAACUUAUCACAUACAUAAAAUUUUUAAAUGGAUUCUGUACUGUGGUUUCUUUUAAUGCAAAAUCAUGAAUGGUGCAUUGCGAUUUGCAACGUCGUUUUUGUUAUGCUUUUUAGUACACCUUUCAAUAGAGUGUACUAACAAUGGAUAUCCCUUUGAAAAUUAUCUAGGAAAGAUGACUCCAUAUCGGAUAGUAUCCAACAAAAGUUUCGACAGGAUUAAUUAUCCAGGUUGUACCCCGAAGAAAGUUUGGAUGGUAAUUAGACAUGGAACGAGAAAUCCAAAAUACUCUCUUAUAGAACAAAUGAACAAUCGUUUACCAGAAAUUAAAAAAAUUGUUCUCGACAGCUCUGCUUUACCUAAUGAAUUUAUUAAAUAUAGAGAUAUGGAUUUGUUACGUAAAUGGAAAAUCAGUUUAGAUCCCGAUGAAAAAAAUAAAUUGACUCACGAAGGUGAAGAAGAAAUGCUAAUUUUAGCAGAACGAAUGCAAAGUAGAUUUCCUAAUUUGUUUGACGAAGUCUACAGCAAUACAUCUUAUAAGUUCAAAUAUACUUAUUCGCAGAGGACUCAGAAGAGUGCUUACUAUUUCGCAGCCGGUUUAUUCGGAAAAGCUACAGCGAAAGAUGUUUGGUUUCCGGAACCUUUAAAAAAAGAUCCAAUAUUGAGGUUUUAUAAAUUAUGUGAUAAAUGGAAAUAUGAUAUUAAAAAUAAUCCUGGGGCUUUAAGAGAAAUUACACUAUUCGAAAAUGGUGCGGAAAUUGAUAAAUUGGUGAAAGACGUUAAUCAGAGAUUGCAAUUAGAUGACAAUCCUCUAAAUGCAGAGGAUAUAGUUCUUAUUUAUAAAAUGUGCGCUUAUGAAACCGCGUGGAACAAGAAGAGUAAAUCACCAUGGUGUGCUUUCUUUAGUCUUGAUAAUUUGAAGGUACUGGAAUAUGGUCAAGAUUUAAAAAGUUAUUGGCAAGACGGUUACGGUCAUGAAUUAAAUUACAAGCAGGCAUGUCCAGCGAUUAAAGAUAUGAUAAAUUUUUUGCAGACUAAAAACCGUUUUCCUAGAGUGAAUAUAUAUUUUACCCAUUCCGGAACCAUAUUGAAAUUAUUAGCUCACCUCGGUUUAUAUAAAGACGAAGAAACUUUGACUGCCAAAAAUUAUGAUACCUCCAGUAAUAGAAAAUGGAAAACAAGUCUUAUAGACACGUUUGGAUCCAAUUUAGCUUUUGUUACAUUUGAAUGUGGACCGGAAACAAAACUUCUUACCAUGCACCAAGAAAAUAUUGUGAGAUUACCUGCAUGUCCAGAUUCAGAUUUGUGUGAAUUAAACACUGUGAGAGAUUAUUAUUUCCCCAGUAUUAAUAGCUGUGAUUUUAGUAGUAUGUGCCGAAGGACUCAUUCUUCGAAAUGAUGAUGACCAAUGAUUUAAUUGAUUAUUUUAAAUAGCUUCAUCAUAUAUUUAUGUACUAAUUAUUGAAUUCUAAUAUAUUUAUACAUUUUC